CACACAAUUGAUGCCCCGAAACCGUCCGAUAAACGCCCUUUCUCCCUUAUCGCUUGGGGGCCCUUUUCAUCCAUCAUCGCCCAUCGGCGCCAUCACCGCCCGGCUAGUUUCCACUAGUCGGUAUUCCAUACCAGAUGUUACCAUACCGACCAGGGGGGUGUGGGAAGGGAAAAAAGAGGGAGGAAAAGAAAAAAAAAAAAAAAAAAAAAAAAAGGAAAACGGGGCAGAAUCCGUACCCAAGCUUGAUCAAGAAGAGCCUUGAACAGCAGCAUUAUGUCCAUUGUUGUUUUAGUAUCCAAUCAGUCUGUCGGAGUACAGAUUUACCCCAAUCGUACCAAAUCAGGUUCAAUCAAAUCAACAAAAGGGGAGAAGUACAUAAUAGAAGAGAUCAUAUAGAACAGAAGAAUAGAAAAUGAUAAAGCAUACCGUAGACAAAAGAAGAAAAAG